GCAACUGAGUCGAGCGGCAAAGUUGGGCUAGCUUUUGAUGUGCAAAUAAAAAUUUUCAUUAUUCAUGCCAAUAAACAAUCUACAGAGCAGUGCAAAUCUAAAAAGGGGCCAAUUGGAUACAUUGACGCCACUUGUGAAAUAACCAGAAAAAUACUAUCGAGAAGAAAAGAAACGUAAAAUAUAAGUUUUUAGUAAAAACAAGAUGCCAUACGCUAACCAGCCAUCAGUGCAUAUCACAGAAUUAACUGACGAUAAUGUGAAAUUCGUCGUGGAAGAUACCGAGUUAAGUGUUGCAAACAGCAUGCGACGAGUGUUUAUAGCUGAAACACCUACCAUGGCCAUUGAUUGGGUUCAGUUAGAAGCUAAUUCUACUGUGCUGAGCGAUGAAUUCCUCGCACACCGCAUCGGUUUGAUACCCCUUAUAUCUGACGACGUUGUAGACAAAAUCCGUUAUUCCAGAGAUUGCAUGUGUCCAGAUUUCUGUACCGAGUGUAGUGUGGAAUUUACACUGGAUGUCAAAUGCACAGGGGAUCAAACUAGACAUGUCACAACUGCAGAUUUGAAAUCCAGCGACCCUCGAGUGGUACCAGUCACGUCUCGUCAUAGAGAUGAAGACCAGGCUGAUUAUGGGGAACUCGAUGAAAUAUUAAUUAUCAAGCUCCGUAAAGGCCAAGAGCUCAAGCUGCGUGCGUAUGCUAAAAAGGGAUUUGGUAAAGAACAUGCAAAAUGGAAUCCAACGGCUGGUGUGUCCUUUGAAUAUGACCCAGAUAAUAUAAUGAGACAUACUCUGUUCCCGAGGCCUGAUGAGUGGCCAAAAAGUGAACACACAGAGUUGGAUGAAGACCAAUAUGAAGCAGAAUUCAAUUGGGAAGCAAAACCAAAUAAAUUCUUCUACAAUGUCGAGUCAUCAGGGGCGCUGAAACCAGAAAAUAUUGUUCUUAUGGGUAUUGUGGUAUUAAAAAAUAAACUUCUUAACUUACAGGUGCAAUUAGCACAGGAAACACAAAACGAUGCUUUAGCAAUUAAUUAAAUAAAUGAAUGAUUUAUA